UUUAUUUCUCUGUCUUUGACAGCAAAAUGGCCAGGCUUCCGCGAUUCUCUCUGGCGAUCAAAUUCUUGUCUCUUCUGGUCGUCUCCGGUCUUGCUAGUCCCUCGGAAGAAGCGAACUCCUCUUAUCCGUAUAAUCCAACGAGGUGAUACAGCUGACUUCAGACCGCCGUCUGGCUUUCCCAGUUGGAACUGUGAUUGCCUUUGUUUCUACCAUAAGCCUACCAAUGGAUAAAGGCCUUCCUCAUGGCUUCUCUAGUAACGCCCUACUUUCUUUCCCAAUGUCAAUUGACUGCGAUGAACUCGGAAUGACAUCCGUCGAGAACACCUGGGGGAGUAGGAAACCAGACGCACCACCGAGUGUUGGCAACCUGGCUGGAGGCCACAGGGAAGUCUUGUACAAGAUCGUGGAGAAAAACCUGGACUCGGUGGGUAUCGACGGGAAGGCCUGUCUGCUGAGGGCCAUCUGCGAAAUGUUUGUGGCGCCCCUGGACCACCAUGGACUCGUCGGGGAGAUCAUGGAGGUCUUCUUCAGCCCAAGUCGUCGACACGGGAACGAUGAAAGAAUGGAGGAAUAUACAGAGGCAGAAUUGCGCGGCAAGAACUCGAGAGAGUGCAAGCAGUAUCAUAAAGCAUGUCCUUACUCUUUCUUCGAACCAACGACGCCAAGAAACGAAACAGCGGUCUAAUUAAUCGGAAAAUUUCUUUCUCGUAUUGGACAGGACCCAGUCAGGUCUUCAAAUGUUUUCUUAUCUGGGAAAUUACAAUGAUUUUUAUUCCCCUCUCCAGGAUGUUGAUAUUUUAUCCUAUUAUUUAUUUCUAUCUGUUUGUGUGUACUAUGUUAUAUUUCCAUCAUGAUAUAAUUAAUAUAGUAAAAAAAUAUAAAUGCAAAUGAUAAACUAAUGAUUCAGCAAACCAAGGUUUUCAUCAAAUAAAUCAACGUCUACAACGCAG